UUAGAAACCGAACUGACGAAUGCAACAGAUCGGCUGCAAAUUGAACAGACGGCAGCAAGCACUUUGAAAAUGACUGUAGAGGAGCUGGAAGAUGUGCUGCAAGAAAAAAGUCGCGAGCUCAUCGCUGUUGCUCAAAAAAAUAACACUGUACUAAUGAAAUGCAACGAAUGA